AUGGCGGAUCUGCGCGAUCCGCGUCCCCGCCAUUUGCGGCCCGCGCCGCUGGGCAAACCCCAGCAGUGGAACGAUGGUGGCCCGGACUCGCCAGAGCGCCUCGCGCCCUCCCCGCGGCCACGCGCGAGGGGCCCCUUCGAAACCCCGGACCCGGCGGCACCCGGAGCGCGGCGUGCUCGCGCGCGCCCCGCGCAGGCAGCGCCCGCGGACGGGGGCGCCAGCGGGCGCAGCUUCACUCAACGCAGCAGGCCCCCCGGGACGCGCGAAGGCCACAGGGGGGGCGUGGUCGCGCAGCCGCCCGCGUCGGCCGACGGGUUCGACUGGAGCGAAGUGGACCGCCAGCUGGACACGGUGAAGGAGCAGUACAAGUCCCCGGCCUUCGACGCGCUUCCGCAGAUCCUCAGCAUCGUCAACGACUUCAACCCUGACCGCGCCCUGGACAAGGUGCGCGGCCAGCAGGACCGUGUGGAGGCGUUGAUCGACGCCGUCGUCCCGCGGUACCGCGCGGGCUUCACGAAGGCCAUCCACAACUACUCGGACAUCCUGCGCCUCUUCCUCAGCUCCCAGGACGAGCUCCGGUCCCUGCGGUCCACUCUCGACGAGGCGCAGCGGCGCCUGGGCGCGCAGGCGUCGUCCCUGCUGACGCACUGGCGGCGGCAGACCGAGCUCUCUGAGCUCAUGAAGCUCCUCGAGGCGGUCGAGGCCCUCCGGGGGUCUCCCGCGAAAGUAGAAGCGCUGACGCAGAAGGGAGCGCUGCAGGAGGCCGUCGCGGUGCUGCUGGACGCGUGCGCGAAGGCGGCGCGGUCCGAGCUCGCGGGGCUCCCUGCGCUCGCGGGCGUGCGGGCCGGUCUGACUGACGCGCGGGGGCGUAUUGAGGGGUGUCUGCGCACGGCGCUGGAGGGCCACGUGUGGUCGGACGCGCCGCGCGGGUCGCGCGCGCUCGCCGCGCAGGUGCUGGCGGAGGAGCUGGAUCUCGAGGAGCUCGCGGCGGGCCUUGUGCGCGCGCGGCGGAGCGGGGCGGGCGAGCGGGAGGGCGCGUCGCUGUCGUUGAGCGAACCGCCGCCGCCGCCCGCGCACGCCCCCGCCGGCAGCGUCGAGAACGACCUCGACCAGCUGCUGUCGUGCCUCGCGCAGCUCGGCGCGCUCCAGGACAGCGUGGAGUGGGUGCGGGAGUCUGCGGCGGAGGGCGUCGACACCGCGGUGUUGCGGGCCGUCGCGCGGACGGGGGGCAAAGCGGGUCUGCUGGCGCGGGGGUUCCGGCCAGGAGCGAGUCCGCUCGAGGGGAACGUGGUCGUGGGGAUGGACGCCGAGGCGGCGUGGCUGGCCGCGCAGGCGACCGGCGACGUGUUUACGCGGGCGCUGCAGGCAGUGCAGGCAGUGGGGCGCGUGUGUCUGCGCGUGGGGCCGAUGCACGUGCCGGCCUUGCCGCAGCAGAUCCGGGACGUGAUGCGGCCGCGUGCCGCGGAGGCCGGCGGCGCGACGCCGGCGAAAGCGAGCAGCGUCCGCAAGGAGGGGGGGGGUUCUGGGAGCAGGGGGGGAGUCCCGAGUGCGAAGGAGCUGGUGUCGUGUCUGCUACUGACGUGGUACGAGGCGCACGGGGCGUGCGCGGCGGCGGUGGCCGCGCUGGUCGGCGGGGAGCAGCUGCUGGGGGGGUCUGACAAAAACGCCCCCCAAACGUCGUGGAUGUCGUGGUGGUGGGGUUCCACCGGCCAGCAGAAUGCCACGCAAGGGGAGCGCAAGAAGUCGCUGGGGUUCUCGAUCGAUGUCGAGCUCAGUGGCGAUGCAGGCGCAGGGCGCACCGCCAGCGGCGGCAUCUCUGACGGGCGCGUGGCGGCGUCCGGGCGCGGCGAAACGAAGCUCAGCCGCAGAGAGAGCAUCGGCGUCGAGAUCGUCGCGGCCGUGGGCGCGGCGCGCGGGUCGCCGAGCCUGCUCCCCGUCGUCGCUCAGCUGGUGAGCGACUUCGCGGUCGACUCGUGGUCCGCCGUGGAGCACUGCGCGGCGACGCUGGGCGUCGACAUCUCGGGCAGCCGCGUCAACGCGCUGCUUCCGGCCGGGUGCGGCUCAGGGGGCCCGUCUGGCGGACCGCUGGCGGCAUUGAUGCGGCGGGCGGGCGAGGAGAUCUGGCUGCCGUACAGCGCGCAGGCGAUCCGCCGGCACGCUACUGCGCGCGAUGCUGUGCGCGCAGUCCAGCCGGAGGGCCGCGUCGCGGCCGCAGGACUGCCCGGCGGGGCCGAGAGGCGGCCGCAGGCGUCGCAGGCAGCGGCGUCGACGCUGACGGCCGGGGCAGCGCUGCAGGCGCCGGGACAGUCCGUGACGGCGAUCGCACAGGAGGUGGCCACCUCGAUCACGUGGUGGGCGUCGAGGCUGCCGGACCUGUCCGAGCGGCUCGUGCCCGUCCUGGAGGAUGCUGCUGCGCGCGUGCUGUGCACGUGCCACCAAGCCAUGUCCUCCGCGAUCUCGCCGAACUCCGUCGCGGCGCACCUUGCCGCGGACGCAAGUUUCACGGGUCUGGCCGCCCGCGAGCCGGCCGCGCGGAUCAUCACGGGCACCAAUUCUACCGCCUUCCACUUCACCCCCCUCCCGCGCGCGUCAUGCCAGGACGUUUCGUCGGCGAUGGCGCCCUUCGCCCGCGACGCCGCGUCGCAUCAGAACCAGGACGACGAGGUAUCCGCGCGGGAGGUCGCGAAGGUCACCUUGAACGCUUGGAAGCGGCACCGCAACACGCGCGCGGCCUCCUUCUCCGGCGGCAGCACCGCGCUCGCCGCGGUCUCCUCGAGCACGUCAGGGCUCCUUCCAUCCGAACAGAGCGUCGAGAUCCUCGCCGCGACGGUGCUGAGCACCGAGGCGGCAGCGGCGCACUUCCGCACCGCAGGGCUGCGGCUCGCGGGGGGCGCGGGCGGGGGCAAGCAGCUGUCCGAGGCGCUCUCGAAUGUGCUUGCGCGGAUGGAGGCGCUCGUCGGGCUGUGUCUGCGGACGCUGCGGGCCGAGGGCGGGCUGCUGGCUGCAGUGCGCGUUGGCCGGCUGCUGUCGCGGCCUCUGGUCGCGCGGCCGCGGGAACACCGCGUCGUCGACGAGGACGUCCUCGGUCUGCUCACGAGCCUGAAGGGGUUCGCGCAGGCGCUGGAGGGCGGGGCGGGUGCCGCGGGGGAGCCUGCGUCCGGCACCGGGGCGGCGGUGUCGUACGCGGUGGGGCUGGCGGGGGCGGCGGCAGGCGUGCUGCUCGUGGAGGGGAUGGCGGCGACCACCGAGGCCACGCGUGCGGGCGUGCAGCGGAUCCUGUGGGACAUCGGCGCCCUCGGAUCGGCGCUGCAGGGCAUGCUGCUGCCGAUGGUGUCUCCGGACAACGCGAACGCGGCGCUGUCGGCGGCGGAGCGCAGCACGGGAUCAGAGGGCGCCGCGGGGUCGAGCGACGCGUGGCAGCGGUGGGCGUUCGAGUCUCUUGAGGGCGUGGAGCACGCGCGGCGGUACUGGGAGACUCUGAUGAAGGCUGUGGACGAGGUCGCGCGGCCGGCGGUCGUCAAGUCCCUCCUGGGCAAGUACACCGCGCUGGAGCUGCGCCGGCUCUUCGAGGUCAACGUCCACGAGCGCCCCGUGUCCGCGGAGGCCAUGGCGCGCUACUGCAAGCUCCUUGGCGUGCCGACACCAUCCGAGCAGUCGUGA